AUGCCAGCGCUAAAGAUUUUGAAACUAAACAAUUUGGCUAUAACUGAGGUUCCUGAUUACGUGUUCGCGGAUUUACAUGGAUUGGAAAAGCUCGAGCUCGAAAGGAAUAGAAACUUAACUAAAUUUAGUAUUUUAUCCUUUGGAAGGGAAGUGUUGGAAGACGCUGAUGAUUUCACAUUAGAAGAGUUGUCUUUAUCUGGGUCUAGGAUACCGAGAUUGAAUGAGGCUCUGGCUGAACCGUUUGGGCAACUAGUGAAGCUAGAUCUACAGGGGAAUCCUUGGAUAUGUGACUGCAAUAUUAUGUGGUUGAAGAAACUACAGAUUCCAGAGAGAGAUUACGACCAUUUGAGAUGCCGCUCGCCCCGACCACUGUACAACGCCCGCAUCUUCGAGCUGCCCGACUCCUACUUCGUGUGCACGGCCGACCGCCACCUCACCGCCUUCACCGUCGCCGCCGCCGGCUUCUGUGUGCUACUGGCCUUAAUAGCUGUGUGGUUCUUUAUAGUGGUCCCUAAAUGGCAGACUCGGGGCACGGAGUUAGGGCACUUGCAUCCUGCGGCGGGGUACAUGGUGCUGCCGAGCGUGCAUUCUACACCACUGUAA